AUGCGUGAAAACGCUUGUCUGCUGUUCUCAACACCUGUCUCUCUAUAUACCUUUCGCAGCGACGAAAAAUCGCUUGCUCGCUUUCUUCUGCGUCUUCAGGGGCAACUCUCCUCCUAUUCUUGCGCGCUCACUCGAGUUGUAAACGGUUUCUCGUGUUGCAAGGCUUGUCUACGAUGCCUAUUGCGCUUUGCCAGCACCGGUGAGAUGGACCACGUUACUGAUGCUGUGCAGCAUGCGCAUCAAAGUUUACUCCUUACUGAAGAUUACAGGAUUAGUGGCAGCAAAGGGUUCCGCCUGCUCGCCGCAUUCUCGUACGAUCCAUUGGCGCUGGCGCUGUGCUCUCUCUCUGGUAGAGCUUCCUUUACAGUGGCUGCGGUGUCGCCUAGUGCGCGUCUGUAUAGCGAACUUCUCUUUGGCGCCAUCGGCAACAGCAACCCGACGCUUGAUCUCUCUGGGAACCGUGUUUUCCACACACUCGAGUACGGCCGAGUUCCCUAUGAUUUGCGCCAGGCGCUGUACUUUUCCAGCUGGUGGCUCAAGAAGAGUGCUCUUCCCUUGAAGGCCAGGGGCGCCUCUGCCCUGUACACGCUGCUUGCCGCCCCUGCGGACGUCUCGUCCAAGGUCGAGGCGGUCGAACUUGGCUUGAAGGAGUACUACGCCCUGAACCCGUACGCGCUGCAACCUGAGCGAGUCGAUGCGCGAGUCACGGGCGAGAUCGACAAUGCACUUUGCACAGCCCUGGCGUCACCGACACUCCGCUUGCGUUCCCUACACGUUGGCGGCUGCAGCAACACCACUUUGCAGCUGAUUUGGCAGCUUCCACAGUUGACGGACCUUUCCAUCAAUGGCAUGCAAGGAGAACAGCUUUCCGUGGACCGACUGGCGUGUGCCUGUUGCUUGAAGAGACUGUCGUUGGUUGGCGCACAGGUUGAGCAGCUCGCCUUCUCUGAGGUCUGCCGAGCGCUCGUGGACGUGAGUCUCCUGUACUGUCGCGAUUUGCGCAGCCUCGCUCCACUGGCACGUGCUACGCAACUCAGAUAUCUUACUGUUUCGAACAGCGACGUGGAGAAUAUCGAGGGCCUUGACGAAUGCGUGAACCUGGAAAGUGUGCGAUUCACCGAAUGCGAACGACUCACAAGCCUCGCGCCGCUUGCCGGGGCGCCGCGGCUGCGGAUUUUCUCUGCCACGCGGUGCGCCGUGCGCGACAUUCAUGGGCUGCAUACGUGCCCGAAUCUGGAAAGUGUGGACUUCAGCUGCUGCGCUGAGCUGCUGAGCCUCGCGCCGCUGUCCGGCUCACUGCGCCUGAAAGCGAUCAACGCGGCGUGGAGCAGUGUCGAGGAUAUCGAGGGGCUGAACUUAUGCCCACAACUCGAGACUGUCAACUUCACGGAGCUAAAGCAACUACGAAGCCUGACAGCGUUGAGCGGAGCUGUGCGGCUGCGGGUGAUCAACGCGAUGCUGAGCGGGACCGAAACCGUCGACGGCCUUAACCGCUGCCUUCAGCUGGAGAGUGUCAACUUGACCGACUCACGCCGACUCACGAGUCUUGCACCGCUGGCCGGCGCUCCGCGAUUACGGAUUCUCAACGCUCGCGGCUGCCCCGUAAGGCUCAUCGAUGGGCUUGGCACUUGCCCGCAGCUCGAACAUGUCAGCUUGCAAUGUGCGAAGGAGCUGACGAGUCUCCUGCCGUUGGCCGGUGCGGCACAGCUGAGGAUUGUCGAUGCGUCCUGGACCGGCUUGCAGAGCGUCGACGGCCUCGACCGGUGUUCGCGACUGGAGUCCGUUGACUUUACCGGUUGUCGUGGGGUGGUGAGUCUUGCACCAUUGUCCGGGUCACCACGGUUGCGCAUCAUCAAGGCAUCUGAAAGUGCCGUCAACAACGUUGAUGGACUGAACACGUGCGCCCAGCUUGAGCACCUCCACGUCAGCCGUUGCGCGAAGCUGCAGAGUCUCGCGCCGUUGGCGGGUGCGCCGCGGCUGCGCAGCAUAAAUGCCUGCUGGAGUGGGUUGCAGAACGUGAGCGGACUUAACCGGUGCCCGCGGCUGAUGUUCAUUGACGUCAGCCACUGCCGCCACUUGCGAAGUCUCGCACCGCUUUCCGGUGCGCCGCGUUUACGCAGGAUCGAAGCGAAUCACAGCGCGCUGCAGCACCUGGAUGACCUCGACAUAUCGGCCAAAGUUCAUUUUGACUAUGUCUGGAGAAGACUCUCGCGUCGCGGACGACAGCCGGCCACGGCCGCUCAAUGCGAUGCACAGACGAUGGGUGGUGGGAGCAAGCCACACAUAAUCCCCAAGGGGCCGAUCACUGGAUGCGCAGAAACGCCGGAGGAUCGCGAUUGA